CACCAUGCUAGGCCAAGAAGGCUGGGCAACAAGCGUGUAUUUCUCCACACCAACUGACUGGAGCCGAACCUCGGCUCAGCGGGAUCUGCGGAGAGUCAAAGAAGAGCUAAUUAAGCUAACUCUAUCCCCGCGCGCGUCCUUUACCCUGAUUCUGCGAAACCUUCCUGUCCUCUUCCAUAUUACCCAAAACGACCUGCAGCAUGUCUGAAGAUAAUACGAAGCCUGGUGCCCCUGCAGCGGAAGAACUAGCCGAGAAGGCCGAAUAUAUUGAAGAUGUUGGAUCUGCGGUCGAGAAGAAGCUCGAGGCCAUCGAGAAGAAGUUGGAAGUACCUAUCACGGAAGCGCCGGGUCGCGCACUGAAGUUGCUGAGCGACGUCGACAGAACAGCGUUGAGGAUUAAUAAGCUUCUUGCAGCACCCGGCGGUCUCGCGUCCUUCCUCUCGAGUUUCAACUUCACCCUUUACAUCCUUGCGUACGCGCAGACGAAAUCGCCUUCCUUUACCUCACUUGUCCAGAAGUUCCUCUCGCUCGUCAAAAGCUCAAGCGCGAUUUCAAAGCCUAGCACCGCAACCUUAGUCAAUGCAGGCGCCGUCCCACCCAUUGCCGCACUUGCAGUCCUGAUCUCGAAGGCGCGUACAACUCUGCGCUUGUUCGGCUGCUUCCCUAUGUACGCAUGGUUACGCACACUUCUCGACGGCUGUAAGCCCGGCUCUGAUGUGGUCCUGCACCGCGUUGCCAUCCUGCAGGCAAGCAGCUACCUCACCUUCCAAGUCCUCGAGAACAUCUCUUUCCUUGCCGACUCGGGUGUCGUGGGACCUGCGUUCAUCUCUGCGAUCAACCGCGGCGAUUCGAAGACCGCACGUCUCUACCUCUGGUCGUUCCGCGCAUGGCUCAGUGGACUCUCCUGCGACGUCGUCCGCUUGGCAAGGGAAUGGCAGCUUGAGAGUCGCAGGAGAACGACAAGGGCGAGGAUGCAGGCUGAGGGUAGGGCUGUGGCAGAGUAUCAGGACGAAGAGGAUGCCAAGUUCAAUAGGAAGUGGUGGACUGAUGCUAUGAUUGUGAGUGCAUGGCUUCCAAUGGCACUGCACUUCAGCAGCUCGACUGGUGGUCUGCCAGGCUGGAACUUAGGCUUUACGGGAUUGUGUGGCGUGGUUGCUGGAAGCACAAGGUUGUCACAGCUGUGGGCAAGUACAGCGUGAUUGAGGACCUUCAGUACUAGUCUGUCUUUCUGUGGAUCAAGUUUGGGACGAAAUCGAGAAAUCUAGACUGAUCGGUGAGUUGGUUGGCUCACUGUUUAUAUAUUUGCUGUCAUGGUUAGUAGGCAUAUUUGUAAAUAUGAGCAACGCCAUGUUGAACACUCCGAGCGCCC